AUGUCAGGACCCUCUAAUCCUACCACGGAAUACCCCGAGCAACUUCACUCAGGUGCAAUCGGAAUAGGACCGCAUUAUCACACUAGUCCCACACUAACAGACAAAGUACAGGGACUAAAGGAAGAAGUAAAGGGCAAGAUCCAGCGUAAUCCCGGCAAGGUUCAACAUGGGAAAGAUAUCAGAACUGGGGAAGAGUUGAAAAGGCAGAGAGAAGCAGAUGCUGCCUCUGACCCUUUCCACGAGACGCCAUCCAGAGUCCCCAAUUCCAACACGGGUCCUCACCGGAUCGAUACCCAGGGAAUUGGUUCCUUACAUAGCCAUGACGAGAAGGCUCAUAAAGAAAUCGCGGCGACGGUCGCUCCGGAAGGCAGCGAGAAAUCUGAGUAUGAGAGGAAAGGGGAAGCCGUCGAUCGAGUCAAAUUCUAA